AUGUUUAGAGUUUUAAGCAAAAAUUUACCAACAAUUUUAAAUAAUAGUAAUAAAUUAAACAACAUAAAAGGUACAUUAGUUUUAUGUAACAACUAUUCAACUAGCGGAUCAAACAACACCACUGUUGCUGAACCACACAUUGUUGAAAGAGUAGUUGGUGUUGCUGCUCCAAAUAAAAGAGCAACUCCACCAAAAGUACCAAAGAGACGUCCAGAUAAAAUUAGAUCAGUUUAUUAUCCAGAAUAUGAAGGUAUCCCAAGAGUUGCAGCAAAAGGUUUUUUCAGAAUUACAUCAAGAGGUUUCGACUAUUACUUUUUAGAUGUUAGAUCAGUAGAAAACUUCCAAAAAGAAUCAAUUGUUGGUGCUGUCAAUCAUCCAGUUGAAAAACUCGAAGAAUCAUGCAAAGAUUUAGAUAAAAAUACUUUAGUUGUUGUUUAUGGUGAAAAAGAAAGAGGUUGGCCACAAGCUUGUGCUGGUGCUCUUAUUCUUCAAAAAAAAGGUUUCAAAAAUGUACUUGCCCUCGAAUCAUCAAUUCCAGAAUUAGUUGAAAAAGGUUUCUUUUAUAAUUCUGAAGUUGAUUCAUAUGUUCAAUAA